AGCGAGGCAGCGACGCCCCGUCACGCGGCGGCCACAGAAAAUCAGCGGGCCCAGAAAGCAAGACAGACCUCCACUCCACUUUCUCCUCUUCUCCGCUUCGUCUUCCCCAGCCCGUUACGCUGCCGGGGCCGCUGCCGCGCUGCUCCGCUCCGUCGCCAUCUUCCUCCCGACUCCACCGCCGCUUCCCGGUCGCCGGCGCGCGCCUUGCUUAGCUCCCGUACCCUCGCCUCCACCGGUCAGGGCAUCCUCCUCCUCCGUCGAGAUCCGCGAGGCCACGGCGCCCCCGCCUCGUCGGCCCCUCAGAUCCGCAGGUGCUCCUCCCCCGCCGCGGCCUCGACCCGCCACCGCCGCGCCGGCGCCGCAGCCGCUCGCUGGUGGCGAUCCGCCGCCCGGAGCUCCUCGUCGCGCCGUCUCCAGCUUCUAAUAUUCUACUACAGUACUAUUAGUGAAGCAAGCUUGGGUAGCAUUCUGGUGUCUACUUCAUUCUUGUGCCUGCCAAUAUAAGCCACUGGAGCGAAGGAUGUGUGAAAUUAACCCAAUGAAAUAAAGGCUCCCAUAUUGGUCCAAGCAUUCGCCUAUCAAACUUCACAAUGCUGGAAAUUUUUCUCAGGAACACCUAUAUGGUGUUCUUGUCAUCUACUGCUGUGUUUCUGUGCUAUGGAAAUUUGAAGAGCGCUGAUGUCACUUGUAGUGUUCUCUAAAUUUGGACCAUGGAGCAUGCACCGCUUAGUAGAAGGUUUCCAACUAAUCCCAAUGAAUAUAAGUUAUAUGAGGAAAUUGGAGAAGGUGUUAGUGCCACAGUAUACCGAGCUCUUUGUGUCCCACUUGACAUUAUGGUUGCCAUCAAAGCUCUGGACCUUGAGAAAUGCAACAAUGACCUGGAUGGGAUAAGACGGGAAGUGCAAACAAUGAGUUUGCUUGACCACCCAAACCUUCUUCGUGCAUAUUGCUCAUUUACAAAUGGGCAUCAGCUUUGGGUUGUGAUGCCUUACAUGGCUGCUGGAUCCGCUCUCCACAUUAUGAAAACUUCUUUUCCAGAAGGGUUUGAUGAGCCGGUCAUUGCUACUCUGUUGCGCGAAGUUCUGAAAGCUCUCGUCUAUCUACAUUCUCAAGGACUUAUUCAUAGAGAUGUAAAGGCUGGAAAUAUCUUAAUAGAUACAAAUGGAGCUGUGAAGCUAGGAGACUUUGGAGUGUCAGCCUGCAUGUUCGAUACUGGAAAUAGGCAAAGGGCAAGAAAUACAUUUGUAGGGACGCCUUGCUGGAUGGCUCCCGAAGUCAUGCAACAAUUGCAUGGUUAUGAUUACAAAGCUGACAUAUGGUCCUUUGGGAUUACGGCAUUAGAACUUGCACAUGGUCACGCUCCUUUUUCAAAAUACCCCCCAAUGAAGGUGUUGCUUAUGACCUUGCAAAAUGCACCACCAGGUCUAGACUACGAGAGGGACAAGCGUUUUUCAAAGUCUUUCAAGGAUUUGGUUGCGACAUGCUUAGUCAAGGAUCCACGCAAGCGUCCUCCUUCAGAAAAGCUCUUGAAGCAUUCGUUCUUUAAGCAGGCUCGCUCAGCUGAAUAUCUGGCACGGAGUAUUCUUGAUGGCCUCCCUCCACUGGGUGAACGCUUUAGGGAACUGAAGAGCAAAGAAGCUGAGUUGCUUCUCAAUAACAAGCUUGGUCAAGAGAGCAAGGAGCAGCUAUCACAGAAAGAGUACAUACGAGGCAUUAGUGGUUGGAACUUCAAUCUAGAGGACUUGAAAAAUGCAGCUGCCCUUAUAGACAGUUCGAAUGGCACUUGUCAUUUAGAUGUCAGGGAUAACAAAGUUAAAGAUGACUCACAAGAUGCUUACAAUGAUCCAAAACAUAUUUACCAGGAAAGGGUCGACCAUGUUGCUUCAGAAAGGCCUGAAGAGGAUGAGAUACAAGAAGUCGAAGAGUUGAAUGAUGCUCUCUCCUCUUCUUUUCCAAGCCGCCCACUUGAGGCACUAAAAUCUUGUUUUGAUGUUUGUGGUGCUGAUGAUCAUGGCCCUACUGCUUCUGAUUCGAGAGUGCAACCAAGUGUUGGAUUGGUACCUUUCCUGCAGUUCCCGAAAAUCGAGCAUUGUAAAAGUGCCAACUGCAAUGGUGAAACUUUGGAAAGAAGUGUUUCUGUACCCAUGAAUCUUGGCACUAGUGGAAACCACAAACAUUCAAGUGGUUCUCUUAUACCCGAGCAAGUUCUUUCUCCUUACAUGAAUGCUGAUUUGGAAAGGGAUGAAUUUCGUCAGAAAAAUCCAAGCAUCAGGAACCGUAGUGGCCCGUUAUUGUUCCGCCAAAUGAAGGAUUCACGCACACAUCUAUCUGUUGCACCUGAGGAGCCAUCAGAAGGAAAAUUUAUCCGUCGAAGGGGACGUUUCCAGGUUAUGUCAGAUAGUAUUUCUCAAAAGGCAGCUACAUCAGCCUGCAGCAGCAGCAGCAGGUCAAAUCUACCAAUUGGAGCAACACGCUCAAAUCUCAAGCCGUCUGCAAUUCUUCCAACAUUGCAGUUUUUGAUGCAGCAAAAUACUAUGCAAAAGGAAGUAUUAAGUCGGCUGAUUUCUUCGAUUGAGGAAACAUCUGAUGAUUCUGAAGCAAGUACAAGUGUUUCAUAUCAGUCUUCUGGAGGGCCUGGCAGAGAGAAGGAAUUGCAGUCGUAUGUUGUCCAAUUGCAGCGAAGCAUCACUGAACUCGCUGACGAAGUUCAAAGAUUAAAGCUCCGAAACAAUCAGCUUGAACAGCAGAUCAAUGCAUUGUCAAAAAAAGAUGAAAGGCCUCAAACAGAGGAUAACCAACGAUGAUGACAUGCCCCUUCUACCCCCCGCUGUAUAAUUCAAUUCCCCAAUUUUGCGCUUGUUUAGAAAAUUAUUUGUAUUUUGGUCUGCCUUCAGGGUCGUGGUAUCAUUGUAAGUUGUAAGUAUUUAGCAAAGGUGAAAUCAUAGUAAUUUUGAUUUGUACAGCUUUAUUUCGUUUACCGGGGAGGAACAGUUUUUCUUUCUUUUAAGGUAAUGUGUCGAUAAUGUUUAGUGAAUAGUUUGUGAAAGUUCAUUUGAACAUCGAGCAUUAUGUUUGUGUGGAGUUGGUUGUAGGUAGUAUAGUACUUGCGCUGGCACCUCGCAGUGGUGUUGGGUCCGAGCAUAGCCAGAACUAUUCUCAAUUUUAUUCCCUAUUUAUUAUUCUGAUGAUGGUUAA